GGUGCAGGCUAACGAGGGAAGGUAGUGCAAACAUCUUCUUCGUUCGUUCUCCUCUGUUUCAACUCUUCAUUAAUGCCUGCGUCUUCAGGGAUUCACAAAACCAUCGCUGGUCAGACUCUUUUCUUGUUCCACCUCACCGACUGCUUGGCAUUCAUUUCCAAGAAGGAACAAUCAAGCUCGAGUUUUGACCCAUAUGCGCAGAAGCAUGUUCUUAAAACCCAGAACUGACUGACCAGCAACUAGACCUGCCAGGAAUUUGUUACUUCGGAGAUUGGUUGUUGCGUUCAGAAUUCGCGUUUCUAGCUAUUCGAAUUUAGUUUUCGCCUGAUGCUCUAGCUUUACAGAUUGCUAGGAAUUGGAGUUCGGCAGCUAGAUUUCGAUGGCUAUCGUUGAAUCAAUACUUGAUCUUCAGGUACAAGAUCCGCCUGAGGAGGAGUUCUAUUCAGCUGAUUUGACUUGGACCAAGUUUGGCACUGUCGAACAUCAUGAUGAAGUAGCUUUGAUUCCUUAUGUCCGAGUAGAUGCAUUUAUAGUUGGUGAAUGUACUAAUAUAGAGUGCCCGACCCGGUUUCAUAUUGAGAAGGGAAAGAAACGAUCGAUGGGAAGCUUGAAAGAGUUCAAGGAUGAUGAAUAUUUGGAAUAUCGACAGUAUUGGUGCUCAUUUGGUCCUGAAAAUUAUGGGGAAGGUGGAUGUAUUUUACCCAGUAGAAGAUAUAGGCUUAACACGCGAAAUCGUGCUGCUAGACCUCAAUCAAUGCGAGGUUGCACCUGCCAUUUUGUUGUAAAGCGAUUGUACGCCCGCCCAUCUCUUGCACUUAUAAUAUAUAAUGAGAGGCGUCAUGUGAACAAGUCUGGCUUUGUUUGCCAUGGGCCACUCGACAGAGAGGCCAUUGGCCCUAAUGCCAAUAGGAUCCCAUAUAUUUGUAAUGAGAUCCAACAACAAACAAUGUCAAUGAUUUAUCUGGGAAUUCCUGAGGCAAACAUUGUUGAGAAACAUCUUGAGUGUCUUCAGCGAUACUGUGGUUCAAAUGCAAAAGCAAACAGUCUUGCUUCCCAGUAUGUUCACAAACUUGGGAUGAUCAUCAAACGGUCUACCCAUGAGCUCGAUCUGGAUGAUCAAGCUAGCAUUCGCAUGUGGGUUGAGCGCAAUAAAAAAUCCAUAUUUAUUUAUCAGGAUACUUCAGAAGAAAAUCCUUUCAUUCUUGGGAUUCAAACAGAAUGGCAAUUGCAACAGAUGAUUCGGUUUGGCCAUCGUAGUCUCAUUGCUGCUGAUUCAACAUUUGGCAUUAAGAGGCUUAAGUACCCCCUGUGUACACUUCUUGUGUUUGAUUCUAGACAGCAUGCACUCCCUGUUGCAUGGAUCAUCACUCGCAGCUUUGCAAAAUCAGAUGUAUCCAAAUGGAUGAAGGCCUUACUUGAUCGUGCUCAUUCUGUAGAGCCCGGAUGGAAAGUUAGUGGGUUUUUAAUUGACGACGCAGCCACAGAGAUUGAUCCUAUCACGGACAUAUUCUGUUGUCCUGUGCUUUUUUCCCUUUGGCGCAUUCGUAGAUCAUGGCUAAAAAAUGUUGUUAGGAAAUGCAGUAGCAUUGAAGUUCAGAGGGAAAUGUUCAAACGGCUGGGAAAAUUAGUGCACAGCAUUUGGGACGGAGUCGAUACUUCGGUUGUCUUGGAAGAUUUUAUCCGUGAUUUCAUUGACCAAACUGCUUUCAUGGAAUAUUUCAAGGGUUGUUGGGUGCCAAAGAUUGAGAUGUGGCUUUCUGCUAUGAGAGCUUUUCCACUUGCAAGCCAAGAGGCAUCUGGUGCCAUUGAAGCCUAUCACAUGAAGCUGAAGGCAAAACUGUUUGAUGACUCUCAUCUUGGUGCUUUCCAGAGGGUGGACUGGUUGGUUCACAAGUUGACCACUGAAUUGCAUUCAACCUACUGGCUAGAUCGAUACGCCGAUGAAAGUGAUUCAUUUCAAAAUGUCAAGGAGGAGUAUAUUUCUUCUACUUCUUGGCACCGUGCGCUGCAAAUUCCAGAUUCUUCAGUUUCCUUGGAUGAGGAAAAUCACCUUUUUGCCAAAGUUCUGAGCCAAAAGGACAGCAGUGUUUCACAUAUAGUUUGGAAUCCAGGGUCAGAAUUCUCAUUUUGCGAUUGUUCUUGGUCAUUGCAAGGAAAUCUCUGCAAACAUGUGAUCAAGGUGAAUAUGAUAUGUGAAAAUCGCCCGAGUUACAAACCUUCCAUGUCUUUUCAAUCAUUUGAGGAAAUACUGAUGAAUAUGUGGAAGCUACCAAUGGAUGAUUCUGUUGCCUUGGAUGUGUCAAUGGCUUGGACCCAUCAGAUCCUUGAUGAAAUUCAGAAACUAGUUGAAUUGAAUUCUUCAAAUGAUAUUAGCUCUGUGGUAAAUAAGCUGCCCUUGAAAUGGGCCUCUGGAAAGGGAAGAACCAGUUGUAGGAAACCAUCAUCUACCGUGGCUUUUCCAUUGGAAUCCAAUAUUGUCAAAAAGGCCAUGCCAAAGAAGAACCGGAAAAGAAAAAGAUUGUCAAUAAUAAGAUGAACUGCUCACUUGUUCGCUGUUGUAUUCCCAUACGGAUUUGAAGUACUUUGAUUUCGACUCGGACUCGUAUGAUGAUGUUAGAUCUGGUGGCUUAUGGAGUAAAAAGCACAGAUUACAACUAGCACGUGGUAUGGUGCGGAUAUGUCCACACAAAAGCAUAGCUCGAGUCUUGCCGUUGAGGUUAGACUUUAAUUGUAACGGCUCAAGCCUACUGUUAGUACAUAUUGUCCUAUUUGGGCUCUCUUUUUUUGGCCUUCCCUCAAAGUUUUUAAAACGCUUCUGCUAGGGAGAAGUUUCCACCAAAGAGGACAUGUCUGCUAGCGGUAGACUUGGACCGUUACAUUAAUUUAUUCCAAAGCAUUCAAAAUUCUUCUUGGCCUUCUGUAUUUUGCUUACAUAACGUAUGUUUCAUCCUUUUCAGGUCCUUUAGAAUUUACCAGGAAUCAUUGCAGGAAUAUGUACAUAGAAAAACAUUGUUAAUAUGAUCAUUUUAGGUAGUAGGUAGAGCAUGAGUAGAAGAAGUUCAUUCUUUUUUAGCUCUGAUGAAGUGAUCAUCUGUCCACUCUGUCAUCACUGUUCAUAAUCGUGUUUGCUUAUUAUGACUGCUGAAUUCAAGCAAUUUUAUUGAAGCUAAGUGGAAGCUGAAUUUGAAGGGCAAGGUAUAAAUGAUCAUCUUUUGUUUCU